AUGCUGGAUGAUGGCUUGGUUUUGGUUAAUACUUUUGAAGACACCUUUGGCGACGUAUGGGGUGAAGGUGUCUGGAGGGAACUUGGGAAAAAUGCUUCUGACAUAAGUCGCAUUGUUGUCGCACUUGCUUCCUUCAAUGGUGAAAAAAUGUUUUCUGCAUGCACGGGUUUUUUUAUUCGAUGGAAUGGCUCAACAACCAUUCUGACAUCUGCAAGCCUGGUUAGAGAUCAUUGUGAUGAAAGCAAGAUUGUUGAAAACUUGACGAUUAAAGUAUUGCUUCCAAACAAACUUGUCCGAAAAGGGAACAUAGAGCAUUACAGUCUACAUUACAAUGUCGCUCUAGUCAGUGUCGAGGAUUGCCGUGUUAUCCGACCAGCAAAGAUUCAGCUUGAUUGUAUUGGUAUUUCCCGUGUAGCAGCUGCAGGGCGUUGCUUCAGAUCAGGCACGAUAAUGGCCACAAGUGGGCGUCUGGUUUCCUGGUCAGGCAGGCUUGAUUGCAAGUUCAUUUUACGCUCCACAUGUAAAAUCAGUAAGGCCGGGAUUGGAGGACCCCUUUUUAAUAUGCGUGGAGAAAUUAUCGGCAUGAACUUCUAUUCAGAGAAAAUAGGCACCCCAUUCCUGCUAUGGAAUGAGAUUGGCAACAUCCUGGCAUAUUUUAAGGAAAAGAGUGAUGCUGGUGAGGUUGCCAAGGACAGUGGUUCCUCUUUCUGGAAAAUGGAUGGGGAUGACAGAGUUCGGUUAAACAGGUGGCCUGUGCCGAUGCCAUGUUGGCGUGAUCUUGACGAUCCAUCUUGGAGCUAUCCUGAUGAUUGGAUUACGGAUGCACCCAGGGAUGAGCCGAACAUUGAAAUCCCACCUGGCGAGGAGUUCAGAUACGGAUACAUAGGGGGAACGAGAUAUAGAAACCUUGUAGAGGAGUGCUGGGUUCCCAUGACCAAGAAGUGGUGA